GGCCGAGGUUUGUUUGGGGGCCAGGGUCCGGUCCCUACUACGGAAGAGUGUGAGCUUCCAAAGAGUGAAGGGAGAGGGAAAUCUGGACUCUGAAUGGCUGGGAAACGAGUUGUGGUUCUGCCACUUGGUGGCUAGAGACCGUGAGCCGUCGCUUUCGCUGUUUAACUCGGCCUCCCCUCGUUUCUGCAGCGAGGGGCUGACGUGGCUGGGCGCCCUGAGAUGUAGAGAGCCCAGGAGAAAGUUGCUGCGAGUGCUCUUAAGCCCCGUGGUGAUGAGCCGAGGAUGGUCUUUUAAGAAGACUGAGGCGUUAACCUGAUUUCAGGGAGAUAUUUUAAGUGUUAGAAUGCGGGAGUUUUUCUAGGGAUAGAAAGAAGAUGGAAACAGAGGGCUCUCUCACUUUUUGUUUCGGUUGUUUUGUAAUUUAUCUCCCGCUCGCCGUCCCAGCCAAAUCGUCCCAAGGGACCUGAGAGCUGAACCAAGCGCUUUCGAUACUGCACAUCAGGCCGGCGCCUUUUAAAAGGGGGAUUCUUUUCAUUCCCUGCACCGUCCGUCAUUUAACUCCACUUCGCAGUUAUUCCAACAUUCCUUUGUAUAUUCCAGGAAGGGAGGCGAUGUCAUAAAGCGAAGAUUUUAUUUAGUCCAAUCAAAAUCCAUGAAAGUUGGUGGGUUUUUUAAUUUUUUUUAUUUUGGCCAUGUGUGAUGUGUGGAAGCUGUGCUAAGAAGUGGAAAUACAGGGAAGAUUGAGUUUUUUCAGAGGCAUCACACAAUGUCUUCUGAAACACUGCCAGCAUUUAUUGAGUCUUCUAAUGUUGAAAGAAAGCCAAGCUUAAGUGAAGAACAAGAGAAAAGCCAGAAGCCAAGAGUAGGUGAAGGGUUUGAAGCAAUGUCUAAACGACAAAUGAAGAAACUAAUUAAACAGAAACAAUGGGAAGAACAACGAGAACUGCGCAAACAAAAACGGAAGGAAAAACGCAAGAGAAAACAAUUAGAGCGACAAUGUCAACUGGAAUCAAACUCAGAUGGAAAUGACAGAAAACGUAUUCGAAGAGAUGUUGUUCAUAGCACACUUCGCCUUAUCAUUGACUGCAGUUUUGACAGCUUGAUGGUAUUAAAGGACAUUAAGAAACUUCAUAAGCAGAUUCAACGAUGUUAUGCAGAAAAUCGACGAGCACUGCAUCCUGUGCAGUUUUACUUGACAAGCCAUGGAGGUCAGUUGAAAAAGAACAUGGAUGAAAAUGACAAAGGAUGGAUCAACUGGAAGGAUAUCCACAUCAAACCAGAGCAUUUUAGUGAAUUCAUAAAGAAAGAAGACCUGAUUUAUCUUACAUCAGACUCACCUAAUGUACUGAAGGAAUUAGAUGAAUCAAAGGCCUAUGUGAUUGGAGGGUUAGUAGAUCACAACCAUCAAAAGGGACUCACAUAUAAACAAGCCUCAGAUCAUGGGAUUGAUCAUGCACAACUCCCCCUUGGAAAUUUUGUGAAGAUGAAUAGUAGAAAAGUUUUGGCAGUUAAUCAUGUGUUUGAGAUUAUUCUGGAAUAUCUGGAAACCAGAGACUGGCAAGAAGCAUUUUUUACUAUCUUACCCCAGCGGAAAGGAGCUGUUCCCACAGACAAAGCCUGUGAAAGUUCUUCUCACGACAAGAAAUCUGCCAGUGUUGAAGGUGGAUUAGACAAUGAGUCUAGUGACGAGGAAGAUAGCAGAAAUGAACUAGAUUCACAACAUGAAGAAGAAAAGCAGGAUAAAGAAAAUAGCAAUGAAUCUGCAGUAAACUAUACACCACACUAAUGUCAUCUGUUGUUUUUUGUUUUGUUUUUUUGUUUUUAUAGUUUAAGGAAAACUUAGGGGAAAAUGAGGUGCUUCAUAGAAUACUCUAAUUGGAAGAAAGUUUUAUUUCCUCAUUUCUGUUGAGAAUUUUUAAAAUGUUUUUUAGAGCUAAAUGAUAAAAAGUCCUUAUAAGAAAGCAUUUUUGGUUUUGCAUAAAAUUUAAAUGUUUAAAUUUUUAAAUAGUUUUCUA